AUGAAAGUUUUAGUCCUUGGAGCAAGUGGUUACAUUGGCAAUAGUGUUGCAAAUGCUUUGGUUCGGGCUGGACAUUCUGUUCUUGCCCAGACUAGAGACGCCAGCAAAUGGGGUAAGGAGUUCGAGAAGGAUGAGAUGGAAGUGCUCGAGAGUGACCCUGUUGCAGAUGACAAAUGGGUCGAGAAAUUAUCUCUCGUGGACGUGGUGGUAGACUGUCUCGGGGGAUCUGCUCCACUAGGCCAGAUCAGCUCUAAGCUUGUGACCAAAGCCGAGGAAGCUAGGAGACACCCUACGGCUGCAAAGUUAGUCUAUGUGUGGACUUCUGGAGUAUGGAUUCACGGUGAUGACCGUUUCGAGAUUGUCACAGACGGAACUGAGGUGUCCCAUCCUCCUGCAAAGGUUCAAUGGCGUCCGGAAGUGGAGAACCAGAUAAUUCUGAGCACUAAGCUUGAUGGUAUUGUCAUUCGUCCAGGCCUCGUAUACGGAAGACAGUCCAACGUUGUUGGUAUGCUUUUUGAUCAGGAAAAUAAGGGAAAAAUUGAGUGGCCUGGGCAUCCAGGCGGAAGAUACGCUACUAUUCACGUUGAUGACCUUGGCGAGUUGUAUAGACUUGCUGUUGAGAAGCACCCACUAGUUAAGGGUCUCAAACUUGAAGGCAGCAACUUUUCGACCGAAAGCGUUGACACUCUCUUGUCGCAGCUUGCUAAGUUGAGUAACGUCGACGGUUAUAGCUACAAAGAACCCUCGAACGAUUUUGAGAGAGCCUUGUCCAACACCAGUGUGGUGAGAGGUACUUUGGGUCGGACGCUUCUUGGAUGGAACCCAGUGAAGCCUUCAUUGAUUGACGGUUUGCCAGUUUACUACCGGGCUUAUCUUGCCUCUAAGUAG